AUGGCUCAUAUAGCCGAGGCUGAUAUCAGCUUUACUGACCUAAAGACCUUGCUCUUUGACAGCCCAUGUGCCUGGAGAAACAGCGACUCCGAAUCAAGUGACAGUGGUUUGGGAUCGCCCGACUCAUUAUCAGAGUGUUCCUCUGAUGGGAGCCCAGUUUCUUUGUGUGGAUCCCUUGCCAGACGUUCACUUUUCCCCUCCAAAAGGCAGCGCGAAGACUUGGAUGAUCAGGAAGAUUCUCCAAUCAAACGUUCAAGACAAGAGCUGAUAUCCUUGGAUUGGGAUUCCGAUGAAGAAGAAGAGAGAACGCGAUCUGCUGUGGAAAAGUUGCAAGCUGCUGACCAAAACCUUAUUGGUGAUGGCACAAGAGUACACACCCUUCCAACGGUAGAGACGAGAAACCACAGGGAUUUGAAGACUGUUACUCCUUCAACGGAUAUGUGUGAACCCCAGACCUACGUUCCCAUGCUGCACGCUGAUCACGUGGACGAUUUGAAGCAGUUUCGGGCACGAUCCAAGUCGGGGACAGCAGGCCAGAAAAAGAUGGGAAGAAGUUCAGCUACUAAUGAAAGGGCGCUUUCCGAGAUUAGCGAGUAUCAGAUCGUUGACUGCAGGUACCCCUACGAAUUUGAGGGAGGACAUAUCCAAGGUGCCGCCAAUAUAUACACAGAGGAAGGCAUUUCAGAGCUUAUUAAACGCCCUGCUAGCCAACCGACAGUUUUGAUAUUCCAUUGUGAGUUCUCAUCCGAAAGAGGUCCUAAAAUUAAGAUUUUCCGAGAUAUACGAUAUCGUCCCUCAGUCACCAUAGACUUUAUUCAAAUGUUCAUGUUCUCUUUCUACAGGAUGCGUCACUUGAGAAGCGAAGACAGACAAGCCAACAGUCACCGUUACCCAGAGCUGUAUUAUCCCGAGGUCUACCUUCUGCAAUCUGGAUACAAGGCUUUCUUUAGUGAGCACAAGGAUAUGUGUGAACCCCAGACCUACGUUCCCAUGCUGCACGCUGAUCACGUGGACGAUUUGAAGCAGUUUCGGGCACGAUCCAAGUCGGGGACAGCAGGCCAGAAAAAGAUGGGAAGAAGAUGA